GCCGGAGCUGCAGGUCUCGUCUUCCCCGGUCUGUGUCCUCUUCUCCUAGGGGCCCAGCCUCUGUGGCCCUGUGACCUGCAGGUAUUGGGAGAUCCCCAGCUAAGACGCCAGGUCCUCCUGGAAGCCUAGAAAUGGGACCACUGACAAUUAGGGAUGUGACUGUAGAAUUCUCUCUGGAGGAGUGGCAAUGCCUGGACACUGCACAGCAGAAUUUAUAUAGGGAUGUGAUGUUAGAGAACUACAGAAACCUGGUCUUCCUGGGUAUUGCUGUCUCUAAGCCAGACCUGAUCACCUGUCUGGAGCAAGGAAAAGAGCCCUGUAAUAUGAAGAGACAUGAGAUGGUAGCCAAACCCCCAGUCAUGUGUUCUCAUAUCGCUGAAGACCUUUGCCCAGAGCGAGACAUAAAAUAUUUUUUCCAAAAAGUCAUACUGAGGAGAUAUGAUAAAUGUGAACAUGAGAAUUCACAAUUAAGAAAGGGCUGUAAAAGUGUGGAUGAGUGUAAGGUGUGCAAAGGAGGUUAUAAUGGACUUAACCAAUGUCUGAUAACUACCCAGAGCAAAAUAUAUCAAUGUGAUAAAUAUGUAAAAGUCUUCUAUAAGUUUUCAAAUUCAGAUAGACAUAAGAUAAGACAUACUGAAAAGAAAACUUGCAAAUGUAAAGAAUGUGGCAAAUCAUUUUGCAUGCUUUCACAACUAACUCGACAUAAGAGAAUUCAUAUUAGAGAGAAUUCCCACAAAUGUGAAGAAUGUGGCAAAGCCUUUAACCAGUCCUCAGCUCUUACUCGACAUAAGAUGACUCAUACUGGAGAGAAACCCUACAAAUGUGAAGAGUGUGGAAAAGCUUUUAACCGGUCUUCACACCUUACUCAACAUAAGGUAAUUCAUACUAGAGAGAAACCCUACAAAUGUGAAGAGUGUGGCAAAGCCUUUAACCGGUCUUCACACAUUACUCAACAUAAGAGAAUUCAUAAUAGAGAGAAGCCCUUCAAAUAUGAUGAAUGUUGCAAAGCCUUUAAGUGGUCCUCAGCUCUUACUACCCUUACUCAACAUAAGAGAAUUCAUACUGGAGAGAAACCCUACAAAUGUGAAGAGUGUGGCAAAGCCUUUAACCAGUCCUCAGCCCUUACUCGACAUAAGAUGAUUCAUACUGGAGAGAAACCCUUCAAAUGUGAAGAGUGUGGCAAAGCUUUUAACCGGUCUUCACACCUUACUCAACAUAAGAUAAUUCAUACUGAAGAGAAACCCUACAAAUGUGAAGAGUGUGGAAAAGCCUUUAACCGGUCUUCACACCUUACUAAACAUAAGAGAAUUCAUACUAGAGAGAAGGCCUACAAAUGUGAUGAAUAUUGCAAAGCUUUUAACUGGUCCUCAGCUCUUACUACCCUUACUCAGCAUAAGAUAAUUCAUACUGGAGAGAAACCUUACAAAUGUGAAGAGUGUGGCAAAGCCUUUAACCGGUCUUCAUACCUUAUUCGACAUAAGAUAAUUCAUACUGGAGAGAAACCCUACAAAUGUGAAGAGUGUGGCAAAGCCUUUAACCAGUCUUCACACCUUACUCAACAUAAGAUAAUUCAUACUGGGGAGAAGCCCUACAAAUGUGAAGAAUGUGGCAAAGCCUUUAACCGGUCUUCACACCUUUCUCAACAUAAGAUAAUUCAUACUGGAGAGAAACCCUACAAAUGUGAAGAAUGUGGCAAGCCUUUUAAUCGUUUCUCAUACCUUACCGUACAUAAGAGAAUUCAUGCUGGAGAGAACCCCAACAAAUAUGAAGAAUGUGGCAAAGCUUGUAACCAUUCCUCAAACCUUACUAAACAAAUUCAUAAUGGAGAAAAACUCUACAAAUGUGAAGAAUGUGUCAAAGCUUUUAACUGUUCCUCAAUCCUUACUAAACAUAAGGGAAUUCAUAAAGAGAAACCCUACAAAUGUGAAGAACGUGGCCUGGCUUUUAACAAAUCCUCAACAUUUACUAAGCAUAAAAUAAUUCAUGCUGGAGAGAAACUCUUGAAAUGUGAUGAAUGUGGCAUAGCCUCUACCCAGUUCUCAACUCUUACUAAACAUGAGAACUCAUGUGGAACAUAAAGCCUACAAAUAUGAAGAAUGUGACAAGGCCUUUAAAAGUUCUCAACCCUUAUUACACAUAAUUUAUACUGGACAGAAAUCCUAAAGUGUGAAGAA